AUGGAUCUGGGCGACGCAGAAAACUCUCCCUGGGGCGAUGUGCCCUCGCAAUCCAGCCCUGCGCCCGGUGCCUCCAAGCAGCUGGGCCACGACGAUGCCCCCCAGGACGCCUCGUCUACAACCACAACCACAACCACCCUCACCGUCGAUGCCGCCCCUUCGGCUGCCUCUGCACCGCGCUCUCCCGCAGGCCGUGGCCCCCGGCGGCGGCCCCAUGGCGUGCAGUCGACCAAGCUGGAGGCCGUCGAAGAUCCGCUGGGCCCUCUGGGAGCACCAACACCGUCGCCUGGCCUCGAGCCCGUUGCUCCCCCAGCGCCGCCCCAGAAAGAGGCUGCUGCUCACGGUACCCGACCAGCAGGGGCAGCAUCAGCUUCGUCUUCAUUGCGCGGCAUGAUGGACUCGGUCGACCUUGAUGACAACGACCAGGACCAGCUGCGCGCCUCACAAGGGGCACGGCUGCCUCCACCCGUCCAGGCUCCAUCCCAACCGGCGCCCCAGCGCCAGACACAGCCCAGCGUCAGUGUCGAACAGGCGGCGAAGCCUUCAUUUUCAAUCUCUGUGGGCGACCCGCACAAGGUUGGCGACCUCACCAGCUCCCACACCGAGUACUCCGUCACAACCAAGACAACCUCCAAAGGCUACCGCAACCCCGAAUUCACAGUCUCUCGCCGCUACCGCGACUUCCUCUGGCUCUACAACCAGCUGCACAACAACAACCCCGGUGUCAUCAUCCCUCCACCCCCAGAAAAACAAGCUGUCGGUCGCUUCGACGCCGAUUUUGUCGAGUCUCGCCGUGCUGCUCUGGAGCGCAUGCUCAACAAGUCGGCUGCCCACCCUGUGCUGCAACAUGAUAGCGAUCUGAAGCUAUUCCUCGAGAGCGAGGCCUUCAAUAUGGAUAUCAAGAACAAGGAACGCAAGGACCCCGGUUUGGGAGAGAACAAGGGCAUGUUCGGCUCCAUGCUUGGCAGUAGCUCUGGCAAGUUUAUUGAGCAUGAUGAUUGGUUCCAUGACCGGAGGGUCUACCUCGAUGCGCUCGAAGCUCAACUCAAGGCUCUGCUUAAGGCAACCGACACAGUCGUUUCCCAACGAAAAGGCCUAGCUGAAGCGUGUGGUGACUUUUCGGCUUCCCUGCAUUCCUUGUCUGCUGUCGAGUUGUCGCCUGCCCUGUCUGGACCCCUCGACAGCCUAUCCGACAUCCAGAUCCGUAUCCGUGAACUCUACGAACGUCAAGCCCAACAGGAUGUUCUCACCAUGGGCAUUGUCAUAGACGAGUAUAUUCGCUUGAUUGGCUCGGUCAAAACCGCGUUCCAGCAACGACAAAAAGCUUACCAUUCAUGGCACUCUGCCGAGCAAGAGCUGCAAAAGCGAAAGGCAACUCAGGAUAAGCUUCUGAGACAGGGUAGAUCACAGCAAGACCGUUUGAACCAACUCAGCGCAGAUGUUGCCGAUGCCGAGCGCAAGGUGCAUCAAGCGAGACUGCUCUUCGACGACAUGGGGCGACUCAUGCGCAGUGAACUGGAGCGCUUUGAGAGAGAAAAGGUAGAAGACUUCAAAUCAGGAGUGGAGACAUUCUUGGAGAGUGCGGUAGAAGCGCAAAAGGAGCUCAUCGAGAUCUGGGAGACUUUCCUGAUGCAGCUGGACACAGAUGAAGGAGAGGGAUUUUCUCUGCCUGCUGGUGUCAUUGCUUCAUCCACUACCGACCAGGCAUCAAACCAUGCACCCGCUCAUCAAGACUCGGAGGAAGCCGAAGAAAAUAAUCAGGGUGUCUCGAGCACCCAGGCCUAAGUAGAUGUUUACACACAUCUUGUCGUCAACAUGCUGCGACUGAAGUGGUCAAUCUGCCAUACGUUCGGCAAGCAAAAUAUAAAGUAGAUUUUUGAGCUGUUACAUGGUUGGAAUGGCCCCCAAGUCGCAUGCAUCAGGUUCAUCAAUUCCGUCAAAGAUACCCAGUCUGUCUUCGCAAUGGUUUCCUUAGUUGGUGGGUGCUAUGAUGUUGAUAAUGUAAUGCAGAUGUGGUAAACCAGUCUUGUGAAGCACACGUCUUCAUCGUAUCGUUCAUGAGAUGUUUCGAUUGGCAUAUGGCUUUGCUGUUCAGGCGAUACACUUGUUACACAUGUGCGCCUUGAGCUUUUGCCCCACCUCCACCUUACCCCACCACGAUUACCAAAUACGGACUC